AUGUUUUCCGGUUUUAAUUCUUUUGGCGGUGCACAUGGUUUUGUCAACAUGCCUCAAACAUUUGAGGAAUUCUUCAGAUGCUACCCUAUAGCCAUGAUGAAUGAUAGAAUACGGAAGGAUGACGCAAAUUUUGGCGGAAAGAUUUUUCUUCCACCAAGUGCCCUAAGCAAAUUGUCCGUGCUGAAUAUCAGGUACCCCAUGCUUUUUAAGCUAACCGUCAAUGAAACUGGACGUGUGACACACUGUGGUGUUUUAGAAUUUAUUGCCGAAGAGGGUAGAGUUUACUUACCGCAAUGGAUGAUGGAAACAUUAGGCAUACAACCAGGAUCUUUAUUGCAGAUCUCAUCUACAGAUGUACCUCUGGGCCAGUUCGUGAAAUUGGAACCUCAAUCUGUGGACUUUUUGGAUAUUUCCGACCCUAAAGCAGUCUUGGAAAACGUACUGAGGAACUUUUCUACUUUGACUGUGGACGACAUCAUUGAGAUUAGUUACAACGGUAAGACAUUCAAAAUUAAGAUUUUGGAGGUUAAACCCGAAUCAUCAUUAAAGAGCAUAUGUGUCAUUGAAACUGAUUUGGUGACAGAUUUCGCUGCACCUGUAGGAUAUGUAGAACCUGAUUACAAAGCGCUGAAGGCCCAACAAGAUAAAGGAAAAAAGGGGACUUCCAGUAGGGGCCAAGUUUUGGAUCCAUCGGUGCUAGGACAAGGAUCAAUGUCCACAAGAAUUAACUACGCAGGCGUUGCCAACAGUAUAAAGAACAAACAAUCUAAAUUUCUUGGUGAAGGACAGAACAUAUCCGGUAAAGCCCCCAAAAAAGGUCCAAAAGCCAAGCAAAAUGUAAAGGAUAUGAAAAUUACAUUUGACGGUGAACCCGCUAGAUUAGAUCUGCCUGAGGGGCAAUUAUUUUUCGGUUUCCCAAUGGUUUUACCGAAGGAAGAUACAGAAGGUGACAGCGAGGCUAAAUCUAACGAACAAAAUUUCCAAGGUCAAGGGAUCUCACUACGAAAAAGUAACAAAAGAAAGCCAAAGAAUGACCACGAUUCAUCCAAAUCCAAAGCCCCUAGGAGUCCUGAAGUUAUCGAAAUUGACUAG